UGACGUAGCGGCUCUGGACACUCCGCCGCUCACUCUCACUUUUACUCCGCUCGCCCCGGUAAAGAGGAGCUCCGGAAGCGCCUCUCCAAAUACCUACAACGCACACGAACUUCAGACGCCAAGAAAUACGUUAUCAACCCUCUGAAACGCGUCUUGGAAUCAACGAAACAGUGAAUAGUGAAGAUUUAGGACGCGAAUAAGGAGUGUAAGUAAGAAAAAAUCGCUAUAACACCAGGACAGAAGGUAACCACUGUGAUGAUUCCCCUGAAGAACCUCAAAAAGCUACUCAACGACACCGUGGCGGCCGCAGACACAAACGCAAGCGACAUGGAACACCUAACCAACGAAAUAUCACCGGAGACCAUCACCCACGAAGACGCAGACACCCUCAGGUCGCCCAAGCUCUUCCAAAGCACUAACCUCGCUAAGUUCUUCGGGGGCGUCGAUCUAGCGGUGGUGGCCAAGGUGGGGCUCUUCACCCUGGCUGUCCUGCUACUGUUUGAUCUUCUUGUGUACUACCUGGCGCCGGUGUCACGCAGGAAGAGUCUGAUGGUGACGCCGUGGCUCGUGCAGGUUAUGUCCGCCACCUGGGAUGACCUGAGCCAGAGAGGUGCUUAUGCCAGAUCCGAUGACGCUGUGGGGCCCAUCCUGCGCUCCCUCUCCACCACGGCGGCCAAGUACGGGUCGAGGUGGGAGAAGAGCAGGCUCCUCUAGACGCCCGUACGCCGCCGCCUCGCUGGGACUCAAUGGGACCCGCCGCGCCCAAGGAAGGACUCGUCUUCUCGGCUCCUCACGAUACAGUCACCGAGCGAAUGUUUGCACCGACGACGAGCCUUGAACCGACACUGUGAUAUGUUUCCUGUCCUUAUAGCUCUUCUCGGUGAUAGAUUAUGACCUCUCCGGGAUAGAUAUGCAAUGAAAACGUAGGAAAUAAGCAACUGUUAUGAUAUAAACACGAGAAUAACUAUUUCAAAGGUAAACCAAAUACAUACUCUCAGAAAUGGAACUCUCUUAUUCUUUGCUUUUAAUGCACGAUGCUGUUCUUAUCAACGAACCAUUUAAUAAAGCACCCGUGUUUACUUUA